CGAUGCAGUUCGCCAUUGCGGCCCAGCACAUCUGCUGCGAAUCGCGGCCUGGGCAAUUUGAAUCGCCGGAAGAGAGACAGAGAGGCCGACGAUGAGACCUCCUCGGUUGCUCCCCCGUCGAGUCCACCGCCUUCGUCGCCUCCAAUGCUCCCAUUCGACGAUGAACUUGACCGCGAUGAAGACGAGGAACUCUUGGGAGACAUUGACGACAUCGAGGAAAUGGCAGAGGAUGAGGAUGGCAUUGAUCUGUUUGGCGAUAGCUUCGAACGAGACUACAACAAGAAUGUCGAACCACAACAGUAUCGAGGCAAAUACAUUGACGACGAGGAAGACCAAGAAGAGCUCGAUGUUGCCACCCGUCGACAGCUAGAAGCCCGACUUGACAAGCGGGAUCGCGAGCUCGCACGUCGUCGACGUAUGCCAGCUGCCUUCCUCCAGGACGACGAUGAAGACGUAAACAUGGAUCUUAGCCGUCAGGUCCGCCGCAGGAGGCACCACUAUGACGAAGACCGUGACGAAAUGGACAUGCAGGACGAUAUCAUGGACGAAGAGCUUAGUCUCGAGGAAUUGGCCGAUCCAAAGGCCGCCAAUCUCACAGAAUGGAUUCUCCAGCCCCAGGUCAUGCGUACCAUUGGCCGUGAGUUCAAGGCCUUUAUGACCGAGUUUAUCGACGCUUCUGGUCGAUCGGUUUAUGGAGAGCGAAUCAAGACCCUCGGUGAAGUAAACUCUGCAUCUCUAGAGGUCUCUUAUGCCCAUCUUGUAGCAGCCAAGGCUGUGUUGGGAUACUUUGUCGCCAACGAACCCACCGAGGUCUUGAAAAUCUUUGAUCAGGCUGCACUAGAGACUACACUUUAUCACUAUCCUCAUUUUGCUGAUAUCCAAAAUGAGAUCCAUGUGAGAAUCACUGAUUUGCCGCUCUGCUACUCACUCAGAGAGCUUCGUCAAUCACAUCUCAACUGCCUCGUUCGUGUGAACGGUGUCGUCACGAGACGAACUGGGGUCUUUCCACAAUUGAAAUUCGUCAUGUUCAAAUGUAACAAGUGUGAUGUCACAUUGGGUCCCUUCCAGCAAGAGGCGGCUCAGGAGGUGAAGAUUUCAUUCUGCCAGAAUUGUCAAUCACGCGGCCCCUUUACCAUGAACUCGGAAAAGACGGUGUAUCGCAACUACCAAAAAUUGACUCUGCAGGAGUCCCCUGGCUCAGUCCCGGCUGGACGUCUUCCCCGCCAACGCGAGGUUAUCCUACUCGCAGAUCUCAUUGAUACCGCCAAGCCUGGUGACGAGGUCGAAGUUACCGGUAUCUACCGAAACAGCUACGAUGCGCAACUCAACAACAAAAACGGAUUCCCAGUCUUCGCUACGAUUAUCGAGGCCAACCACGUUGUCAAAUCCCACGACCAGAUGGCUGGAUUCCAUUUGACCGAACAAGAUAUCGAGCAGAUCCGUUUGCUUUCUAGAGAACCCGACAUUGUUGACAAGAUCGUUCGCUCUAUUGCUCCCAGUAUCUAUGGCCAUGAAGACGUCAAGACCGCCAUUGCGCUUUCGUUGUUUGGCGGAGUUCGAAAACAAGCUCAAGGAAAGAUGUCCAUUCGUGGUGAUAUCAACGUUCUCUUACUCGGUGAUCCCGGUACUGCAAAGUCUCAAGUCUUAAAAUACGUUGAGAAGAGUGCCCACCGAGCAGUGUUUGCAACAGGUCAGGGAGCUAGUGCAGUAGGUCUUACUGCCAGUGUCAGACGUGACCCUUUGACCAGUGAAUGGACCUUGGAAGGCGGUGCUUUGGUGCUUGCGGACCGCGGCACCUGUCUGAUCGAUGAGUUCGACAAGAUGAAUGACCAAGAUCGUACUUCGAUCCACGAAGCUAUGGAACAACAGACGAUUUCUAUUUCCAAAGCCGGUAUUGUCACCACCCUGCAGGCUCGGUGUGCUGUUGUGGCCGCUGCCAAUCCAAUUGGGGGCCGAUACAACAGUACCAUUCCAUUCUCCCACAACGUCGACCUUACGGAGCCUAUCCUGUCCCGUUUUGACAUUCUUUGCGUGGUUCGUGACACAGUGCAGCCCGAAGAAGACGAACGGCUCGCCAAAUUUGUUGUUGAAUCGCACUCACGGGCCAAUCCCCCGAAGCCGCUCAAGGACAACCUGGGCAGAACCAUUGACAAGAAUGGCGAUCUCAUUGAUGAAGAGGGAUACCGCGUUGGAAACAAGGGAGAACGCCUUCCUCUGCGUCCAGACGAGGAGAGAGCGCGAGCCGACGCCAAGCGGAAAUCAGAAGAGGAGAAGGAGGGAGAAAUACCGCAAGAGCUGUUGCGGAAGUAUAUUCUCUAUGCUCGCGAGAGAUGCAACCCGAAGCUCUAUCAAAUCGAUCAAGACAAGGUUGCCCGGCUAUUUGCUGACAUGAGGCGGGAGUCUUUGGCCACUGGUGCUUAUCCGAUCACAGUGCGUCACUUGGAAGCAAUCAUGCGUAUUGCAGAGUCAUUUUGCAAAAUGCGCCUUUCCGAGUACUGCUCGGCUCAAGAUAUUGACCGGGCGAUUGCUGUGACGGUGGAUUCGUUUGUUGACAGCCAGAAAGUCAGCUGCAGAAAAGCCCUGGCAAGGGCAUUUUCCAAAUACACACUUGCCCGACCCAAGCCAGCCUCAAAACGUAAGGCGGGUAUUCCGGUGUCGAAGCCCUACACCCACCGAGAAAUCCAUGCACCAAUGGACGACGAAUAA